UUGAGGUCUCUAAAUUGGCGUGCACAAACAAACGUUAUUCACAUUGUGAAUGCACUGUUCCCGCGAGCAACAUGUAUCCAUCGGCAGCUUUUGCGCUUCUCCUUUCUGUAUUGUUCGUUGCUCAAGCGGACAAAGCUGAUUGGCACAAACAACUGGCUGCACAUCGUGAAACUUGCAUCACAGAAAUGAAGCUGGACAAAGACACCCUGAAAACCUUCAAAGAAAUCAGGCAUUUUAAUACGCUUGAAGAAUUCCCUGAAAUCGAUAGGUGUUUGAUGAAGUGCAUCAUUGAGAAAGAGGUCGACCAGAGCAUGGAUGAUAUUGACAAAUUCAUGGAGAAGAGGAUUCAAUUUGCAGCAAACAUGGCUGAAAAGUUGCCAUCUGAUAAGCAACAGGCUUUUCUACAGUCAAUGGAAACUUGCAAAAGUCUUCGAGGAGCAAACAAUUGCGACACGGUUAUUCUGUUCUUUUUGUGCAAGAAAGAAAAUUACCAUAAACUCAAACAUGCAUGAUUUUUUUCCCAAUGUGAAUGUCCACAUUAAAUAAUAAAAAUUUCCAAGGUUGAACAUUUGAAA